AUAAGAUUGAACAACGUAGUAAAGUAGGAUACGCCGUCCUGACCGCUUGAGUCCAAUGUGGCGUCGUUGAAGAUGAUGGAUCGAUUUUAACCGUAAAUCUUUAUUCGGGCGGGUCUCGCCUCAUGCCCCACUGGAAUCAAUAAAGAACCCUAAAAUUUCUCGCCAUUCACUGUCCACUGUCAUACUAUGAGAGUGGCCAAGUGAGAGAAAGCGUGAUUACGAGGAUUACAAAGGGGCUAGGGUUAUCACACUCACAAAUCCAAAGGUGUUCGUCUCCUCAGUAACGAAUCACGAGUCACAUCGCUCAAGCUCAACCCACAACCAUUGAGCAUCGGCGAUUACAACCUCCAUCCGAUCUCCGACCUCCGACCUCCGACCUCCAACCUCCUUGACGUUUUGUCCAGCUGUACUUCUGAUCUUUAUCGUCCUCAUCACUCCUCUCCUCAACUGUUGGUGGUGGUGUCUGGUGUGUUUUGCAGGGAUAAAAAUGGUACUAAUGUCUCAGGCAAGUCAAUCCCAUGGCAUUCGUACUGAGAUUUUGCUAUGUAAAUCAUCUGUAAACAACAUGAGUGCAUUUAGACCUAGGAUCUCAACCAUUACCUUUCCAUGGGAUUCCUCCUCCAAGAGUAGCCAAAAGAUGCAUCAUGUAGAUGCCAUUGGUGUAAAAUCCAAACGAGGAAAUCAAGUAAUUGUUGCUGCAAGUCCUCCCACAGAGGAUGCAGUGGUUGCUACAGACCCACUUACAAAAGAAGAUCUUGUGGGGUACCUUGCUUCUGGAUGCAAGCCUAAGGAAAAUUGGAGAAUAGGAACUGAACAUGAAAAGUUUGGGUUUGAGCUGAAAACAUUGAAGCCUAUGACAUAUGGACAAAUAGCAGAUCUGCUUAAUGCUAUUUCUGAGAGAUUUGACUGGGAGAAAAUCAUGGAAGGGGACAAUAUAAUUGGGCUUAAACAGGGAAAACAAAGUAUAUCUCUGGAACCUGGUGGUCAGUUUGAGCUUAGUGGUGCUCCUCUUGAAACUCUCCAUCAAACCUGUGCAGAAGUGAAUUCACACCUUUACCAGGUGAAAGCUGUUGCUGAAGAGAUGGGAAUUGGAUUUAUAGGGAUUGGUUUCCAGCCAAAAUUGGAGAGAAAAGAUAUACCUAUAAUGCCUAAGGGAAGGUAUGAGAUAAUGAGGAAUUACAUGCCUAAAGUUGGUACUCUUGGACUUGACAUGAUGUUCAGGACAUGUACUGUUCAGGUGAAUCUGGAUUUCUCUUCUGAAGCAGACAUGAUAAGGAAGUUCCGUGCUGGUCUUGCUUUACAACCUAUUGCUACAGCACUGUUUGCAAAUUCACCAUUUACAGAAGGAAAACCAAAUGGUUAUCUCAGCAUGAGGAGUCAAAUUUGGACGGAUACUGAUAACAAUCGUGCUGGAAUGCUUCCUUUUGUGUUUGAUGAUUCUUUUGGGUUUGAGCAAUAUGUGGAAUAUGCCCUGGAUGUCCCUAUGUAUUUUGUGUAUCGCAAGCAAAAGUAUAUCGACUGUGCUGGAUUGUCCUUCAGGGACUUUUUGGCAGGAAAACUUGGUCCAAUUCCAGGAGAAUAUCCAACUCUGAAUGAUUGGGAGAAUCACCUCACAACAAUAUUUCCUGAGGUGAGAUUGAAAAGGUAUUUGGAAAUGAGGGGUGCUGAUGGAGGACCAUGGAGGAGGUUAUGUGCAUUACCUGCAUUUUGGGUGGGCAUAUUGUAUGAUGAUGUUUCUUUGCAAAAAGUUUUGGACAUGACAGCCGAUUGGACUGCAGAAGAAAGACAAAUGUUGAGAAAUAAGGUGCCUGUAAGUGGUCUGAAAACCCCAUUCCGUGAUGGAUUGCUGAAACAUGUUGCUGAAGAAGUUGUAAAUUUUGCAAAGGAUGGGCUGGAGCGAAGAGGAUACAAAGAAACAGGAUUUUUAAAUGAAGUGGCAGAGGUUGUUAGAACAGGUUUAACACCAGCAGAGAAGCUCCUGGAGUUAAGAUUGUUGUCCAUAUUUCCUCCUCUUAUUCUGAAUAAGCUGUGACACCAAUGAUAUGAUGAUGGAAAAACAUGCAAUCAUUAUUAUUGCAGCAGUCAGUCAGUGAGUGAGUUGUACACCUACCUACCUACCUGCAGUCUGCAGAAUAACUCAACUUACGAAUGAAUGAUCUGUGUCUCUGUGUGUACUUUUGUUUUUAGUUUUGUAAGAAAAUAUUGUUGUAUUGAAUUAGCGUCUUUAUCUUUAUGGUUGUUUCCUCUACAUUCCUAAGUAGACAUCAUACUGGCAUAUGAGACUAGUCUCCAUCAACUGACCUACCAUUCCAUGUUACUUGUUUACCAAUAUUGAUACUUGUUUGGGUUUUAUUAAUAUUAUUACUAUUAUCUGAACCCAACCCAGGUUCAUGUAUCAUGUAUGGUAAACACAAUACAGUGGAAGUUGCUUAAACUAUAUAUUUUUCAUAUGAAUGAAUAUAAAGUUGUAAGUUUUUAUGAUUUCCAUGCUCAUAAUUGGCC